GGCGUGCGAAGUAGCGCGAGACGUCGGGGUUUGGGGCGCGGCGGCCGAUGGGCUGGGCCGAGGUGUGGAGCGGUUAGGUUUACACAUGCUGGCGUUUUGGGACUUUACGUUUUCACUGCCGAAGACUGAGAUUAAAAGGAUUUAUUCUAUUUCUUCGCAUUCAAGCUCGCGAUAAACUUUAGACACCACAACCCUCUAUACCAGCCACACCACCAUGAAGAUCGCGGGUCGCACAUUCAUCAUCAGCGGCGGCGUGUCCGGCCUGGGUCUUGCAACUGCCCGCGCCCUGCACGCCCUCGGCGCAUACGUAUCCCUCCUCGAUCUGAACAGCGACAACGGGUCGGCAAUCGUAUCAGAGCUCGGCGCCCGCUCCAAGUUCUUCGAGACCGACGUGACCUCGACCUCGGCCAUCGCGUCCGCCAUCGCCGGCACCGUCUCGUGGAUCAGCGAGACCAACGCGCCCAUCGGCGGCGUCGUGGCGGGCGCCGGCGUCGGGCUCCCCGGCCUCAUCAUCGACAAGAAGAACGAGCCGCUCAGCAUCGAGAGCAUCGACUUCGUGCUCAACAUCAACCUGCGCGGCACCCUCGAUCUGAUCCGCCAGGCGCUGCCGCACAUGACGCAGAACGCGCCAGACGGCGCCGACGGCGAGCGCGGCGUCAUCAUCAUGAUUGCGUCGUCGGCGGCGUUCGACGGCCAGAUGGGCCAGGUUGCGUAUGCAGCGUCCAAGGGCGCCGUGGCCAGCCUGACGCUCCCGCUUGCGCGCGACCUGAGCAAGUACGGCAUCCGGGCGGUGACGGUGGCGCCGAGCAUGUUUGACAGCGCGAUGACGAAGAUGAUGAGCGCGAAGGUGAAGAAGAGUCUGGAGACGAGCAUGGAGUUCCCGCCGCGUGCGGGGCUGCCGGAGGAGUUUGCGCGGCUGGUGGUGGAGGCGGUGGGGAAUCAGAUGCUGAACGGGACGGUGCUGAGGCUGGAUGGAGCGAUGAGGAUGCCGGCGCGGCUGUAGGGUAUCAUUGUUCUAU